AUGAACAAUCCUGGACACCUAGUUCAGCUCCAGAGUAGAAGCUGGCUGCAGCCUACUGACACCGCUCUCUGUACUCAGGGCCUCUGUCCCCUCUUCCAGAUUUACACGGGCGAAAUGGUGAUCCCCAAGGACCCGCAGAAUGACGAAUUCUGGAAUAACUCGUGGGACAUGGGGGGCCUGGUAGUGAUCGGCCUGUUCAUCGCCACAUUCCUCUUCUUCAUCAUAUUCGCCAUUGUGUUCGGGUGUGUGGAAAGUAUUGCGUGUGAGGAGGACUGAAGUGACUUCUGGAGCCUUCAGAGGGCAGCAGGGGACAGCCCACACCAGCGGGAGCCCUCCAGUACCUCGGGCUCAGAAUCUAACCACUGGGUCUGGCUUUGGGAUUGGUCCAUUAGCGGGAUGGGAAGGCUGGUCUGAUACCAUUUCCAGCUCGCACACCCUGCUACCAGCUGAACACUGUGAGCGCAUGGACGUUCACAGCAAAGGCUCACAAGGUCUUCUAAUAAGUGUCCCUGUCCAGGCGGCAAUUUUACAAGCCCUUCACAGAGAAGGACACAAAAUAUCAGAUGAAGUAAAAAUUUCUUUUCAAAUCCACUAACGUGAGCUCAUCUUCUAUGCAGACAUGGUUCUAGCCCCUCUAGCAAACCACAGUAAGGGCUGCAAGACCUCAGGGGUCUGCCCUGUAGGCAACAGAAUCGCUCUUACAAGCUGCUUGGGCCCCUAGGUUCACAAGGUAACUUCAGUUCCUAAACUGUCUUUUGCAUGCAAUCCCCCUGACUGGGCUACCACGUCACCCUCCGUGGCCUGUAUAGCGCUUCCUUGUCUUUCUCAUCUCAGCUUAAACCUGUGUCUCUCAAAUGCUCCCUGUCUCUGACCCCAGAGACGGGACAGAUGGGGAACUCUGUUACUCUCAGAAUACUUUACAGGGUUAGGGAGCUGGCUCAGCAGUUAAGGGCACCUUAACUGUU